CACGAUGUCGUCUGUUCCCACUUGUACCACACCGGCUACAUGCAGGCUCUGUACGCCGAUUUGAUUGUCCGUCUGCAGCUCGGUGGGUCUACAGGUACGGUCCCGAAUGGCGACGGGGCCUCACCCACGGAUGCUGUCCACUUCAAACUGCACCGGAUUAUCGCCAUCCGCAGCCCGUACUUUGCGUCGGCACUGGCGGAGAUGGAGGCGAACGGGGAGUACGCGCCCGUCGCGACGCUGACGAUACACCAGCACGAUCCGAAUCUCACGCCCGAAGGCCUGUCCAUCGCGUUCGGGCAUCUGUACGGUCUGUUCUCCCAGUCGCACCUCACGGACGGAUCCGAUCACGACCUGCCGCCGCAGCAGCGGUCCGCCCGGCUCCGCUCCGUCCUGAGCGCCGCGACGCUGUUGCAGCUGGACGACCUAGCGUCCCUGGCCGGCGAGCUGAUCAAGUCGGACAUCUCGCGCACCACGGUGCUCGACUACUGCCAUUUCGCCAGCCACCCCGAUUUCGGCGCCAGCUACGGCAAGCACAGCCAGGACAUCCGCGAGGCCGUAUUGGUGUACCUCACCCGCGGCGUCGUGCGCGACGUCGCCGACCAGUUCGGGAUCGUGUGGGGGAAUCGCGACGGCGAGGGGUACAAGGAGCUCGUCGCGACAUUCGCGGAACUGCCGUUCGAGUGGCUCAAGAAGGUCGUCGAGAGUAAAGGGUUCGAGGUCCCCGGCGACAUGGAGCGGUUCAAUUUCGCAAAGGAGAUCGUUGCCUUACGUCAACGGCGUCGUCAGGCGGGCGGCGGAGGAAACCCCCGAGCAGGAGGCCCUCCCGCCGGGGCAACCGUACCCAACCGACUCCUCGCCGGCGAAGAAAACGUCCUCCUAGCCUUCGGAUCCAAAGACCGUUCAGGCGUCACCAUCGUCCGUAAAGCCGUCCGC